GAAUAUUCUGAAUUAAACUUUUUACAUACCUAUAAAAAUAACUCUUCUAUUGAUUUACAAACCACACCAACUUUUUCUGAACCUACCUUUGAUCACCUUGAUACUUCCCAUCUGAAACUCCAUAUUGAACAAUCUACUUUGCUUGAGUUAUCUGAUUCUAGUGAAAAUAGUAGUGAUAAUAAUGUUAAUAGUUAUGAUAGUCAUAGAUAUUUAUUUAAUUUAUAUGUUAAUGAUAGUUUUGAUACAUUUGAAGAAGCUAGAAAAAAACUUGAUAGGUAUUUGAUAGAACAUAAGUUUGCUAUUAGAAAGGGACGUAUGCGUACGCGUAAAGAUGGAACACAUUGUAAUUUUUCAAUGGGUAAUAAAGCAAUAACAAUAUGUUGUUCUUUACUAAAUGAUGAUUCUAUUCACAACUACCCUAUAGAUGAUAAUAUUAAAAGUAAUGCCCCAAAAUAUUACAGGUUAAGCAAUAAAAUGCUCAAUAAAGUUGAGUUGUAUUAUCAAUAUCAUAUUCAACCUAUUGAACCUGUAAUUGGAGACAUGGAUAGUGAACUUAAAGGGAUUUUUUGGCAGUCAAACGAACAAGUACAGUUAUUAACAAGGUUUGGUGAUCUCUUUACAUGUCUCAAAAAAGGAAAUCCAGAAUAUGAGCCUGGUGUUAUUUUUUCAGAUUUUGAUCCUGCAAUAACUGCAGCGAUUGCUAAGACAUUUACAACAACUUACUACUACCUUUGUCAAAAGAAAGAGCUUCUAAAAGCUGAUAAUGCGUCAAGUCAAGAUCAAGAAAAUAUUAUUCAAGUAAUUAAUCUAAAAGUCAUACCAGUUAAGGGCUGA